CAUCUCGCUCAUUCAAUUCAUCGUCCACGCCAUUUCAUUUCCUACCAUUAUCCUCCUCCUUCCCCUUACUCUUUUAACAUCAACUGAUGGGUUCUAAAAUGGUGAUGGUGGACGGAAUCCCAUUUCCACCCCAUCUCAAUUUGAACAAUAACCAGCUCUCACUCAUGGGUCAUGGGAUUACUGAUGUUGAGAUCCAUUUCCUCCAAAUAAAGUACACAGCAAUUGGGGUUUAUUUGGACCUUGAAAUUGUGUCACAUUUAAGCCAAUUUAAGGGGAAAACACCAGUUGACCUCUCUCAAGAUGAGGACUUCUUUGAAGCUAAUAUUAAUGCCCCAGUGGAUAAAAUACUGAGAGUGGUGGUGAUAAAGGAGAUAAAAGGGUCACAGUAUGUGGUGCAGCUAGAGAGUGGAGUGAGGGACUUUUUGGCAGAGGCUGAUAAAUAUGAUGAGGAAGA